AGCUGGCGUUUAUUGCUAGGAAACCACUUGUCAAACCAUCAACACUUUCCCCAUGUGAUUAUCGAUCGGUUCGUAAUCCAAGAUGGCUGCCUUGUGGUGAUCGCUGGCAAGUGCAAUUUUCUGUCCGAUUUUGUGGGAUAUCGAAGGAUUUUUUAGCAUUUGAGACUGAUUCUUUUGAGGAAAGAGUUGGUUCGGGAGACUGAGGCUUUUUCUGAAGCAGCAUGCCUGAGGAAAGCGUCAAAGUUGCCGUGCGCGUGCGGCCUUUCAACUCACGUGAAAAAGCCCGCGGUGCCCAGCUCAUCAUCGGAAUGAACGCCGGCACCACUACCAUCCAGAACCCAGACGCUAUGAACGAAGAACCCAAGAAAUUCAACUUUGACUACAGUUACUGGUCACAUGACGGCUUCGAGGAACGAGACCAGCUAUUGGUGUCAGUGUCACCGAAAUAUGACGGCCAGAAAAAAGUGUUUGAUGAUCUUGGAGUGGGUGUGUUAAAGAAUGCGUGGGACGGCUACAAUUCAUGCCUCUUUGCCUAUGGGCAAACUGGAUCGGGCAAAUCCUUCUCUGUCUUUGGCUACGGACCAAACAAAGGAGUCAUUCCCAUAUUCUGCGACCAGCUGUUUGUUGAGAUCAACAACAAGCGAGCAUCUGGUACCAAGACUGAGUUUGAGGUGACAUUCAGCAUGCUUGAGAUCUACAAUGAGCAGGUGCGAGACUUGCUCAACCCCGCCUCCAGCAAAAAGGGUGGACUCAGGGUCAGGGAACACCCUAAAAAGGGAUUUUACGUUGAGCAACUGCGUAACGUGCCCGUGCAGAGCUACCAACAGAUCGAGGAUCGUAUGGACGAAGGUACGCGUAACCGCUCUGUGGCUUCCACGCAGAUGAACGCAACCAGCAGUCGCGCUCACACCAUCGUAGGCAUCACCUUCACCCAGAAGUCUGUCAACGAUGCCGGGCAGGAGAUGGCAAAGGUCGCCGUGGUUAAUCUGGUUGACCUCGCUGGCAGUGAGCGUGCAGAAUCAACAGGGGCCACUGGUGACCGGCUGAAGGAAGGAGCUGCCAUUAACCAAUCACUGUCCUCGUUGGGUAACGUCAUCUCGGCAUUGGCUGAUAGGUCAAAGGGCAAGAAGGUCAAAGUUCCGUUCCGUGACUCUGUUCUGACCAAACUGCUGAAGAAUGCCCUGGGUGGUAACAGCAAGACCAUUAUGAUUGCUGCCCUCAGUCCAGCUGACAUCAACUACGAGGAGACACUCUCAACACUCAGAUAUGCUGAUCGUGCCAAACAGAUCAAGACAUCGGCCGUGGUCAAUGAGGACCCGACGGAGAAACUGAUCCGAGAGUUGAAGGAGGAGAAUGCCCGACUGAUGGAUGCCAUCAAGAAAGGCGGCCUGGUCAUGGUUGCCGAUGACGACGACAGGAAAGAAGGCGUGACUGAUGAAGAGCGAGAAGCCAUCCGCAAGGAGUUGGAGGAAGAGAUGCAGGCUCGCCUGGAGGCCACCGAGCGGGAGCUGGGCUACAUGAAGCAGAGCUGGGAAGAUAAGCUCAAGGAGACCGAGGGUGGAGAUGACGGGGAGCGGGCUAAGAAGGAAGCCAAGAAGACCACGCCUCAUCUCUACAACCUGAACCAAGACACCCAGCUUAGCGGGAUGAUCGUCUUCCUGCUGGGCCCCGGGAGCUACAAGGUGGGCAACAACAAGGCCGAGACUCCGCCGGAAAUUGUGCUGAAUGGACUUAGUAUUCAGAAAGAACAUGGAAUCGUCCUGAAUGACAACGGCAAAGUGUUCUUAGAGAAGGCCAGCUCUGACGCUAAAAUCCUCAUCAAUGGGGACCCGCUUGUCGGCAAGAUGGAACUGGAUCACAACGACAGGAUUAUGUUCGGCAGCAACCACCUUUAUGUGUUCCAGCACCCUCAGCUGUAUAAAGCCAAGCCUACUAACUACGUGGGCGUGGUCACGUAUGAAUCUGCCCAGGAGGAGAUUGCUCAGAAAAAUGGAUUUGACAUGACCUCCAACAACUCCAAAGAGGAUAUGCUGCUUCAGGAGGAUCUAGUAGAGAUGAUUCCUGCCGUGGAGGAAGCCAACGCCAUUAGUGAGGAGCUGGACCAGAAGGUCAAGUUUGAGAUCGUAGUCAUGUCCCCUAAAGCACGUGGCCUGGCCCAUGGUCGCACAGAGGUGUGUAUGAAGAUGCGGAAUCUGGAGAAGGAUCUGGAGUACAUCUGGCCUAGGGAUAAGUUUGUCCGUCGUAAGUAUCUCAUGCAGGAGAUGUAUCAGAACUACACUGAGGGAGAAGAUUGGAAGCUGCCUGAUGAGAAAAAUCCUUUUACAGAGCCACCAGACCAGGAAGUGUUGAUUGGUACAGUCAAUGUGUACAUGCAGAGUCUUGCUUAUCUGAUUGAGUCCAAGGAGCAGCUGGAUAUAACAGAUUACCGCGGCAAGGAGCUGGGCCUCUUGGACGUUGAGCUGGUGCCCUGCCACAAGAACGGCAAGGAGAUUAAGGAGGACGAUGAUCUCUUCAUUGAUCACCCCAACGAGCUGGUGGGAAGGGAUUUGAACUUUGUCGUCAAGCUCAACAGUGCCAUGGGGAUCCCUGCUAAAUUCACUGGUAUCCACUGCAAGUACAGCGUGUUCCUGGACACAGAGAUGAUUGAUACCAACCGUGUACAGGGAACCAGCAGCCCAGCAUUCAAGCACAAAAAGAGCUUCAACUUUGAAGUGGUUACAUCCAAUCUGGUACAGUAUCUGCUGAAUGACCACCUUGUCAUCCAGGUCUGGGGGACUCAGAAAGAUCCCCAGUCCAAGAAUAAGGCUAAGAAGAACACCAAGGAGAUCAUGCAGGCUGAGGCUCUCAGUAAGGGUCGAGAUGUUAACGGCACUGCUAAACAGGUGUCUGACCCUGCCAUGAAGGCCAAGUUCAUGUUCCAGUUUGCCGUUAUGAAGAAGAGACAAGAGAGAAUGGAGGCCAAAAUUGCCCAAUUCCGUAAACUCGUCACAACAGCAGAGCUGCACAACAAGGCUCGUGUUGAGACCAUGGUUAUCAAGACGGUCCUGAACGCUCAGAAUGCAAAGGUAGCUGAUAAAGCCAUCGCUCGUAUCCCGAAGGAUGAGGCAGCUGGUAACCUAGGGGAAGAGACACAGAAAUCAGGAGUGUGUGUUGUGAUGUGAUGAGACGUCUCCAGAAUCGCCACAUAGUGCCACCCGCAUCAGGUCGGUUAUUAGAGAAGAAUAAUUUUUUUGACAACUUUUCAGGCCAUAUAAAUAUACUACUAAGUAAUUCCAACACCAAAGAUGCAUGGACAAAUUUACUGUAAUAUGUCAGUUUAUGUUUCAGAGUUUUAUAGAUUUCAUGUCAUUUCAAAUGAAGUGCCUUUCCAUUGUGUGUGUGAUUAUUACUCUUACUAGAAGUGAAAACACCAAGAAUCCAAAUAUGUCUUGGGGCUCUUAAUUUGUUUCCAAAUUCUUGUAAUUAGCAUUUAUAUGUUUAACUGCAGUUGGCAAGUCUGAAAUUCAGUUCCUGACAUUUCAUCAUCAAACACUUUCAGACAUUUUGGGUUUUUGUAGAUAUUUUUCAAUGAACCUGAAAUAGACCUAUCCCUAAGGCCACGUCCAUUGCAUACCUGAGCUAUGACACACUGCAUGUUCAAGCUGCGUUCAUCGUAUACAUAUGCACGCAUUUCCACAUCAAUCAUCAUUGUUAUGGUCUAAAAGUCAAGGUGCGGAGCUAAAUGCAUAAGUCAAUUGCCUAUUACAUUGUAAUUCUUGGAGUUGUGAAGUGUGUAGAAAUUGGCCAACUUUUUAAGGGGCGUGGCAUGUGACCAAAAAAUGGGCUGGCCGCCUACUCUGACGAAUGAACAGCUUGGAUCCGGUACAUACACGCUUUUAAUAGCCUUUCAUCGUUUAGUAGAACAUUUUGAGAUAAUACGUCCACUGAUUGAGCGUUUGGAUGUCAAUUUAAAGUUGGUUUGUAUGUAAUACUAUCAAACUUCCUGGACUUUUUAAAACUAUGCCCUUUACUUCCAUUAGUUUACUUGUGAUACAUUGAUACCAUGAAAUGUUUGCGUUGUAUAUUCCACAAGUGCCACACUCUAGUUCUGAAAGCUUCUCAUAAUAUGAUCAUAUAUACAUGUACAUGUACUUAUAGUGCUGAUAUUUGUCAGUUAGAAUUAAUAUACUGCGUGAGUACCUGUUUUACAAAAUCAAAGACUGUAGACUGGAAUAGAUGAAACCGUUUGAGUUAGUCUUUUGCAGGUUAUAUGAAAUUUCACAUUUGUCGAAUAACAGUGCAUUGUGUAAUAUAUUAACUGAAAAUGGAAAUGAAAAGUCAUGGGUAUGUAUUUUUCUACAUAAGAAGCUGAAUUAUUUACUCAAUGGUCUAUUCCGUCCUUUCAAUUCACCAGUGUGUGUUACUUCUUUAAACUUUACAUGCUUUAAAAUAAUACAGGCUGACUGUUUGUGAUAUUUUAUUGGAAAAAAAAAACACUUUUGAAAAGGUAAAAAUUGGUUUUGUUAUGUAAAUAUAGGUAUUGAAGUGAACACUCCACUAUUGCUAUAUGUAUAUAUAUAUUUUUUGAACUGUUAUUAAUGUCCACUGUCCUCCACAAAAUAAUACUAUUGUAUGGUUUUUAAUUUAGAGUAGAAUUUUCAUUGCUUUAAGAAAUAUUUCGAAAUACUCCACAAAUACCACAUGUGUAAAUUUUUUUUUGGGGGGGGGGGAUAUAAAAAUAGUCCAAAGUUGCUUCUAAAUGUGGACAUGUGAAACGACAUUUCACAAGUUAUUCUGUACUAGUACUUUUUGGAGUAAAUGAUUUUGAUCUGUGUGACAUUGAGCACUGGGGAAAUAAAUAGUAAUCACAGAAAAAAGCUCUUUGCAGUGUUUGGUUUGGAAAAGAAAUAGUUCUCAUCGGUGUAGUCAAACAUACAUGAAGUAGUGGAAUUUGUGUGCAAGGACAAAUAGAGGAAUGUAAUGUGCAAGAUCUACACUUGUUGGAAUUUGAAUAAAUCAAGCUUUAAAAAA